CCCGGUGUGUCUUUUCUCUGCGGUUGUUGUUGGUCGUUGUCCUGUUCAGACGCGGCUAGUUCAAGUUGCCAUAGUACGGGGAUGCAUAAUUUCAGUUGUUUUCUUUUAACUAGAAACUCACGUGUGGCGUAGGCAACGAAAUAGUGGAAUAUAUUUUAGAUGUUUUCCCGGAACAUUUGUCUGAUUUUGCGGCCGUUAUUGUAUUGUAUCAGUUUGGCCAGCUUUAGGUUAGCUAGCUAGCAUUUACUGUUUGCCACUUGUUGAUCAAGUGGAGAAUCAUCCCGCAGCAGCACAAUGAGAGCUUUGAAUGGCAAGGCAAGAAACUGAUUUUUUGAAUUUUACAGGUCUCAUAAUGUCUUAGAGGGUUUAAAUUCGUGUUGCAGCAAAGCAAACAUUUGGCAAUUUCGUCGCGAGUGUAAUGUGCAAUUAUUUUGCCAUUGAGCGUUUUUGGAGACUCGGGCUACUUAAUCAAAAUAUUUGCAUGGCCAGGUGUAGUCGAACCAUAAAUCGAAAAUAUGGACACAUCCAGUGGGUCAGAUUCGAGUGACAGGUGGCGUGGACACAGGCCGCAGGGGCGCGAAGCCCACAGCAAACCUGUACGGGAAAGAGGCCGAGCCAGUGGGCGAGCAGGUGACGGCCAUGCAGCUGACAUCUCCGAGAAGAUCAGCACACUGUGCAGCACUUUGCAGGAUACCAAUCGGAACUUGACCAAGGUGGACCACAUGCUGGGCCAGUACAGGGAGCAUACCAAUGACCAGGCUGAAGCAAUGGCUUUGCUUCGGGAUAAUCUGGAGGAGUCCAUCAGUCAACUGCAGGCGCAGAGGCUGAGCAGGGCCAAUGGUGCUCACAGCAGCGCUUCUGCAUGCAGCUUGCAUUCCAGUGACUUGGAUGGUUGCCCUGGAUCAGAUGGCAAACCGACCUCCCCGCUAAAGGACUACGCAGGAACGCCAGGGAUGAGAAGGAGGAGGAGGUCUCACUCCGCAAGCGUUCGCUUCAAGAAUAGUAGCUUGUCAGGAGAGGACAUCCACACUUUACACCAGUCCAUGAGAGAUCUCCGCUGUGACCAACAGAGACUAUCGGUAGACUUGGAGCAAGAAAUCAUCAGGAGAAAUAGAGCUGAUGUUGACACCAGGCUAGCAAUUGAGAGCCUCUCCGAUCACAUGGCCCCUAUUCAGCGACAAGACUCUACUUUUGAGAGACAUAAAAUCGAUGUCAGCGAGAGAGAGGACACUAUGACAUCCAGAUUACUUGAAAAGAAGUCCUUCAAGGUGAGUACACAUUUGAAUGGAUUUCUUUCGCUGAAAGCCGAAAUCAGAUUUGGUCGCUGUUCAAUUUUACUGACAUUAUCAUCGAAUAACACCCCCUCACGCUGUCCCGAGAUGGAACAGGAGCUGGAGAGAGUGAAGAGACUACUCGAUCAGUCAGAGGACAGCAGAGAGUCACUGGUUCAACAGGUGGAGAAUAUGCGGGGUGAGCUGCAGAGGAGCAGGAAGGAGAAAACGGAGCUUCAGAGAGUCUGGCUACAGUCCAGUCAGCCAAUCCCUGGCAACCAUACAAGCAGGGAGGAGGGAAGAUUACAAGACAUGGAAAAAGAGUUGGCGGAACUGCGAGCUCAACUGCGCCGGGCAUCGGCCAGCAGUGAGGUCAAUGAGCUAAAGAAUGCUGUGGACCGCAAGGAGAGCGAGUGCAUCCAGCUGAGAAUCCAGUUGGAGGGCUUGUCUGCAGAGUUGGCACGGCGGGAGCAACAACAAGUCCGAAUGCUUGAGCAGUUGAAGGAUAUGCAGAGCAAAGGACAGACAGAGAGGACCGAGACCGAGGCGCUACUCCAGGAGAGCACGAGGAGCAGAGAAGAACUGAGGGCCAAGGCCCAAAAGGCCGUGCGACAAUGGAGGGCAAAGUGCAAUCGACUGCAGAAGGAGCUGGAGGAGGCCCGCGCCCACAUUCAGAUGCACACUGACAAGGCAGCAAAGGUAGCCAACGAAACGGAGCGCUCCCACACCCAGCUGAAGGCGCUUAGCCAGCAGGCCCAGGCUGCCCGCAGAGAGCUUGCCGAAAGCCUACAACGUUUGGCCCAGCGUGAUGAGGAGCUGCAUCGCAAGGACGUGGCGCUCUCCGAGAGCCGCCAGUGCCAAUUGGCUCGAGAGCAGGAAAUCCGGGAGGCCAAGGAGUCCUCCGAUGCCCUUCAGAUGGAGCUUCGGCGUCAGUCGGAGAACCUGGCAAGACUGAGGGAAGAGAAUCAGAGGCUCGUCGAGCAAGCGGACACGCAAACCGGUCUCAGUCAGAGACACCUGAAUAAGCAGGCUGAGCUCCAGGUCGCGCUGAGUCAAAUGACCUCAGCUCAUGCCCAGCUCGCGCACCGCCUGAGCGAGGCGGAAGCUUCCAAGAAGGAGCUUCUGAAGGUCACGGCGGAAUUGCGGGCCAAGCUGGCGGCGCUUGAGGAUGAGCCGGACGCGCUACGGAAACAGCUGCAGCUCGAGAGAGAGGUUCAUCGGAAGGAGCUGGACAACCUGAAGGUCGCGCUUGAAGGAGGCAGGACGAAGCGCGAGGAAAUGCAAGACAUGCUCCGACUCUGCCGUCAGCAGCGCGAUGAGAUCCAGUCACAUCUAAAUGACGUGAAGGCAGCCGCAGUGUCGGAGACGAAUUUGUGCGAGGUGCUGCGCGUCAAGUUGGACAGGAUGAAGGAGGAGUGUGAUAAGUUGGCCGCGCAGCUGAAGUCAAAAGAGGAUGCACAUGCUCUCCUCUGCAAAAAAUACCAGCGACUUAAACUGGAACUGGAUGAAGUCAGGUUAGAUGAAGAAGGCGGGCGUGCAACAGUAUCCGAACUUGCCAAACUGGAAGAGAAGGUGGCACAGAUGGAAGCCGAACGCGUGGCUCUACUUUCCUCCAUCAGCGACGAACUAGAUGAAGCUGUCCAAGGCCUGCUGAGGAAUGGUGAAGACAACUUCCAGGCAACCAGGAAAGCCGGAUCAGUCAACGACAGCUCCCUUUGGCUCGCAGAGACCAAGUCCAAGAUACGCUUGCUGCGUGAGGAGGUGCGCGAGCACAACGCAAGAGAACAGCGCCUGAGGAUGCAGCACAAGCACACCAGAGCUGAGCUGAAGGCACUCAGGCAGACUAUGGGAACGGAGCGAAAUGCGUUCUUGCAGCGCCUGGACGAACAAGAAAAGCUGCUGCUCUGCAUCAGCACCGAAAAACAAGAAUUGCUGGAGGGGAAUCGCAAGAAGGUUGAAGAAAUGAGAAGCCUGCAGGAUCGUGUGUUGGAUCUCGAGAUGAACUCUCUAGCAGCAAUGGACUACGUGAAGUUAAUUCCAGAGAGGCGCUACAUGACGGACAACUUCAAAGAUUUGGAGGAGUCACAACGGCAGAAGGAGGCGGCUGAGCAGUGCUACACCAAACACAAGGAGAUCGUCUGGGACCUGCAACACCAGCUCGAUGAGUCCAGACGAAAAAUCCACGAGUGCAGGGAAGAGAAGUUAGACGCCACUUCCAGGAGGAUGAAGCUAGCUGUUCUGGCUUCCUCCAUGAAAAGCCCCGACGUCUUCUUCGGCAGCCCUCUCAGAUCCGAUACACUGUAUCCACAGCAAUGCCUGACCACAUCUGACUUGGAUGCCCCUGCAGUGAACAUGGCCAAAUUCCUCACAGAUCCUUGCCAGCUCGACGGCAAGUGAACCGGUCCUGAACCGCAAGAAAAAAACCCUGUGAGGCACCUUGUAGUCUCAGCACCAAACCUCCUGACAACCUCAACACAACCGCCGAUGGUGCUAUCCCUGAGGUGUGACAAUUGAGACUGCAACGGAGAGCGAAUGCUGAUUCUGUUUGCAAAUCGGAGUCAAAUCUAUUAACUCUUGAUGCCAGUCCUUGGAGUCUAUCGUCCACCUGGAGUCUGUCGUCCACAUGCCAAUGAGCUGCAACAAACAGGGCUGAAGAGCUCAGCCAGUACUUUUUUGCUUUUGACGAGUUAUUAUGAAAGUGCUAUCUUUGUGUCUUACAUAAUUGUUGAAUAAUCACUGAAGUCUAUUUUUCAUGUGCUGUGAAUAAAUCGAAGCACUUCAAUUAAAUCCUGAUGGGGCCCAAUGUUUGUUUUUACGGAA